CAAUCAGCUGAUCUAAAAAGCUUGCCGGUGGCGGCUUUACUCCGCCUGGUCACACUGGCAUGGAAAUUACCUAAUUUUGUGUGUUUUCACGAUGCGUUCCACCUUAUUUUCCGGCGCCUCGCGGCUCUUAAGAUAUAACCGGAAUGGCCAGUUUCUGACACGACCGAGAAGCACCAAGGCCACAUCCACCAGCUUGGAUCAGCAGCAUCAGGAUGCGGCGGCCAGAAGCGAGGGAGGUAAGUCGGAUUCCGUGGAGGAAUCCCAAGAGGAGCAGCAGAAAUUACCCACCCGGGAGCCGCUGGUCAAGAACUUCUUCAUUGGAGUGGUGGACAAGGAACUGCUGGCUUACCCAGAGGUAAUCCCACGCGACGAGAUGGCUCAGCUGCAGAAUUCUCUGCUGCCGCUUAAGAAUUACUUUGAGGAGCAGCGGGAAGCGGAGACGGAGCAGCAGAAGCCCACGGAGACUUACCGCCAGCUGGGACUCUACGGUCUGAAUGCCCCCACAGACUUUGAGGGCAAGGGCUACGGAUGGAGCGCCAGCUUGAUGGCCAGUGAACCGGAUUCCGCGGACACCAAUGUAUCUCUCAGCCUGCAGACACACCGCGUCGUUGUGGAUUUCCUCAAGGAACUGGGCACGCCCCAGCAGCAGCAGCGUUACUUGCAAGACCUGGCCACCGGUGCCCUCAUAGCCACCGAGGCGAUCUAUGAGUACUCACCGCCCGAGGAGGAUUUCUUCAACACCAAGGCGGAGUUCCUUCCCGAAACGGGCAAGUGGCGACUCAGCGGAGAGAAGGCCUUCGUGGUUUGCACACCCGGAGAGAGACAAUUGUUCUUGGUCCUGGCACAGACACAACAACCAAAUGUCCCGGGAGACGUGGGCAGAGGCUCUACCAUCUUUCUGGUGGAUUCCCAGCUGGAGGGCGUGCGUCUGGGUGAGAAACAUGCCACCUUUGGUUGCCGCCAAGCGGACAUCAGAAGGAUACACUUUGACAAGGUGCAACUGGGCGAGGAACAGGUUGUGUGCAUUGCCCACGAUGGCAAUCGCUACUCGGAGCAGCUGGUGAGAUCUUCGAGGCUAAGAGGCAGCCUGGCUGGAGUUUCGCUGGCCAAGAAGCUGCUCAACGAACUGGCCCAGUACACAGUGACCACCACUCAGUGUCGAGUGCAACUCAAGGAUCUGGAGCUCACACGCGUCCAUCUAUCCCGCGCUGCCUGCUCUGUCUAUGCCAUGGAGAGCAUGCUUUACUUGACCGCCGGCCUGCUGGACGAGUUUCGUUCCCAAGAUGUGACCCUGGAGAGUGCCAUUACCAAGUUCUUUACGCUCCGCCAGCUGUAUGAGAUUGCCACCCAAAAUCUGGCCCUGGUGGGGCCCAAGAGCUUGCUUAGUGGGCAGGCCACGGAGCUGGGACUCCGGGAUGCCGCUCAGCUGUGCACGCAGGGUGAAUCCUUGGACACGCUGGGCAUGUUUAUCGCUCUCACCGGGUUGCAGUAUGCGGGGCAAGCUAUGAAUGCGGGUGUGCGCAAAUCCAGGAAUCCCCUCUUCCAUCCGGGACACAUUUUCGGUAAGUUCCUGGACACCAACAGCAUAGACAGCCCAAAGACCAAGAUGCAGUUGGCGGAGCAUGUGCAUCCCUCGCUGGAUGCUGCUGCUCAGUGCAUUGAGCAAUCGGUGGCCAGGCUGCAGAUGGCCGUGGAGCUGAUGUUCACCCGUCAUGGCAAUGCCGUGGUGGAGCGUCAGAGUGAGAUGCAGCGCCUGGCAGAGGUGGCCACCACCAUCUAUGCCAUGUGGGCCAGUACCGCUCGAGCGUCGCGUUCUUAUUGCAUUGGCCUGCCCCUGGCGGAUCAUGAAAUGCUGACGGCCACGGCUAUAUGUUCCCAGGGCAAGGAUCGGGUUCACACAUUGUGCACGGAGAUCUUUGGCGGGAAUUUUGUAAACAACGACAACAAUCUGGUGCGACUCUCCAAGCAGCUGGCCAAGAGCAAAGGCUACUUCCCGGUUCAUCCGCUCACUUUUAACUUUUAAGACUAUGAAUGCCUUUAUCAUUAAAAGUAAAUAAU